ACCUAUAAAAAGAGGGCCAAAAAAAAUCAGAAAAAGAGCUCAAGGAAAGGACCUGAUUGUCUCACUGCCCACGUUAGCAGAAGGGGAAUUCAUGUCCACUGUACUAAUGGAAUAUAGUAAGAAUAUACAGAGAAAGUAGCAUUUUUGUUAGGGUAAAAUUGGUAUCAUCAACCACUAUUCCUGUCUCUGACUGGACCCUGAAGGAAAAGCUAAUAUGAGAGGGUAACUAGGUUAAGUGACUGGGAAGCAGGCGUAUUUGAGAAGACACCUAUGAUAUAGUCGUGCUUUUGAGAAUGUACUGAGUCUAGUGGAGGAAAGUGAGAAGAAAGGAAAAGGGAGAAUGUCUAACUUCUUGGAAGGAAGAUGCCUGGCAGGGAGAGGAUGCAUAUGACAGGGCAAUCUCCAACCCAAUCCAAUCCUGGAUCAUGAAAUUGCCCAGUCUUAAAAAAGUUGAAGGUCAACAUUCCAUAGGUCAGAACAAACUUGAGUACUAACGCUAGCUUUAAAGCUACCAAAGCUGUUAUUAACUCCGUGGUGACCCCCUGUCACCAGUCUUCAGUCCCACUUUAGGGAGUGGCAGCUGUGCAAGCCUUUCUAUCUCACCCUGCCCUACCAAGAACCUACCGUGCCCUACCAAGAACUUCCAGUGUGGUUUGAAUUUUCUCGGAGAAAGACAGGCCGGCCACGAGGAAAAAAACAAGCCGCAGCAACAUCUAAGCCCUUGAAAGGAUCCUGAGAGAGGGGGGAAAGGGAAAACCGCAGCCACCAGCCCAACCACUUGUGUCUUCUGCCCCUUCCCACCUAUCUUGCCCACCCCACCAGCCCACGCUGCAUGGGACUUGCAAUCUGUGGCCGAAGGACCGUCACCACAUAACUUCAAAAAUAAUCAACCACCCACCCUUCCCAAACCCACCCAAAUUCACUUAUCCAGCGUUUACUUUUUUGAAUCCACUCAGAACUUUUUUUCUACGAUCCCCCCUCCCUAAAUGGAGUUGGGUGGGGGGAAAAUGAAUACUGAGUUGGCCUUCGUUUUUUUAAGAGACUUUUUGAUCCAAUGAGGCCCCCCAAAUAAUUGAGUUUUGGGUCUUGGUUGGUUGUUUUAUUUUUUUUCUCCAAAAUUUGAGCCCCCUCCCCCCCUGAGCCCGAGGUGCUGACGUCGCAAAAAAAUUGGAUAGUAAGUGUCGAAUUUUCCAAAACCAGCCUUGCAACAAGAAAUCAACGUUUCCCGUUGUGAAACCAAAAAUAAUGAGAGGAAGAAAUGAGACAAUAGAACAAAAUAGAGAACUGGAGAAGGACCAAGCCGGUCACUUAAUCUCCAUUAAAAAAGGGCCUUUGGUCUAAACAGUCUUGUUCUCUCUCCCCUGCCACCUACCUUCCUGCCCUGCUGCAGGCAAGGAAAGGGUGGAGGGAGGGCCAGCAAGUGAGGAUUUUGAUGGUUAACCCUUGGUAAUCCAGCCAAUUUCCAGACUGCCAAAGCCAUAAGUGUUUGCUUUUUAUAAGGAGGAAUGGUUAACUUCCUCUUGUUAGCAGUCUUCAAAAGGGUUAAUGAGCUCACAUACAAAAGAUGGUGGAUCUUGUGGCCCAGAAGUCCCACUUCUUUGUGUGUGAGACAAGCAGGGCGCCUUUCAAUUUGCCAGAUUAAUAAGCAAUCUGUACAUAAAGAUUGCAGGGUAAGGAGAUGGGCAGAGAAAUAAUAGCUGGCUAUGACUUUAAAUGAUUGUUAAAUCCUCUCAAUUUUAAUGUAAUUUGCUUGGGAUAUAUUUGUGUGGUUAAAAUAGGUGGCAAUCUAGGAAUAAAGAUUGCAAGACACUUAAUUCAGUACAAAAAUAUAAUCUUAGUGCCAGUACAUACAAGAUAAUGGGGAGGUAAAGAAUGUUUUUAAUUGUUGCAGGUUGCGCAGGUUAUUUAAGAGGAAAAAAGUGAUUAACAUUUUAACUUGAUACGUUUUGGUGGGUGGGAAUACAGUCUAAUAGGGGGUGGAAAGGUUGGGAAAUGUGGAAUUCAGGAGUAUAAUUUUAAAAGCCAUUUAGUGCAAUUGAAUGCUAGCUUUCUAAAAGAUUUGUGUCGUUAAAAGGAAUUUUUUCUUCCCUGCUUCAAUAUGGCGACUUUCCUUGUCCUUUUGUCUUCAAAGCGGUGUUGCAGGUUGUGUCUUGGCCCAUUUUUCUCCUGUCCUCCCACCUCAACCCUAUUUGUUGAGAGGGGUCCAAGUCCUCCCCCUUUCCCUUUAUAGGGAGGAUGGGGGUGGUCGAUGGUAGCAGGUUGAACCUCAAUUGCAAAUUCAAUUCUUCCCCACAGAAAAAUGUUCUUUUAAAUAUUUUAAUUGGUUUUAUUUUCACAACUCUUUUACUCAAAUUAGGUUAAAGACCAUUCAGGGUGGGUGGCUGGUUUGGGGUAUUUUACUGAGAAGGGUUGUUUUCUAAUGUAACUAGCUGCCGGCAGAGCCGGAAUAGCUUUUUUAAGUUUUCCUCUUCUCCAUUACAAAAUGGCGUCGUCCCUGCUUCUUUGUUGUUUUUUCUCCCCCUUUUGCCAUCCAGAGCUUAGGGCCGCCCUAGAAACUUGGUCAAGGGGGAGGAGCAGCAUGGAAAGGUGAUGUAAUCAGCUUUCUUCCUCUCCACCCUCUUGAAACUCCACCCCUGAGCAGAUGCUUUCUGGACUCCCUGUGCACGCUGCUGCUAGACAGGAAAAGACAUUUUCUGUAUUUAGAGGAUCUUUUAUAUUCUUAAGAGGGAAAAGCUUAUAGGGAUUAGGUCUUGAAGUUGUCCAUCUCCUGGGCAGCUCUAGUUUUUAUAUUUAACAAUCAAAGCCUGUUGCUUUUAUUUUCAUCUUCCUUCACUCAUCACAACAGCUUGGAAAUUUUCCCCGCUUCAGUUGCCAGGGGUGGAAAACCAGUCAAACCAACUAUACUUUAAGACUGGGAGCCUUCUGGUGGUGUGUGCGUGUGUGUGGGUGUGUGUGGGUGUGUGUGUGUGUGUGUGUGAGAGCUGUGUGCAUGUAUGUAUGUAGGUGUGGUGUGGUGUGGGGGAUACUGGGGAAAGGAGAACUUGUGGAAGUGACUUGAAUAGACAAGUGGGGCCUAAUACUGAAAUGUGCCCUUUCUGUCCAGGAACCAGUCCUUGGGCCUGCAUUUGGUCGCUUUGUAUAAUGAGACGGGGGAGGGUGGGUACCUGAGGACUUCUUUUAAAUCACCCUUAUUCCCUUAUCCCACCUCUGGGUUUGGGGAUAAACUCUUUGUGUUCAGUGCUGUGUCACGUUCUCCAGUUGCUUAGCUCCUGUACAUUGGUACUAGGAUGAGAAGUGAAUAGGAAAGGAAGCAGCAGUUGUAAACUCAAGGCAGGGGGAUGCAAGCUACGGUGUCUGAAACCUCGAUCAUGGGUUCGGGUCCCAUAGAUCCCAAAGAGCUUCUCAAGGGCCUGGAUAGCUUCCUUAACCGAGAUGGGGAAGUCAAGAGUGUGGAUGGCAUUUCCAAGAUCUUCAGUCUUAUGAAGGAAGCACGAAAGAUGGUGAGUCGAUGCACUUACUUGAACAUUCUCCUGCAGACCCAGUCACCAGAAAUAUUGGUCAAGUUUAUUGAUGUUGGUGGCUACAAACUUCUUAACAAUUGGCUGACCUAUUCAAAGACAACCAACAACAUUCCCCUCUUGCAGCAAAUUCUGCUGACCCUGCAGCACCUACCACUCACUGUGGACCACCUCAAGCAGAACAACACAGCCAAACUGGUGAAGCAACUGAGCAAGUCAAGUGAGGAUGAAGAGCUCCGGAAGUUGGCUUCAGUCCUUGUCAGUGACUGGAUGGCUGUCAUCCGCUCCCAGAGCAGUACCCAGCCUGCUGAGAAAGAUAAAAAAAAACGUAAAGAAGAGGGUAAGAGUCGAACCACCCCUCCUGAGCGACCCUUGACUGAGGUGAAGGCUGAGACCCGGGCUGAGGAGGCCCCAGAGAAGAAGAAGGAGAAGCCCAAGUCUCUCCGAACCACAGCACCCAGUCAUGCCAAGUUCCGUUCCACUGGGCUAGAGCUGGAGACCCCAUCUUUGGUGCCUGUGAAGAAGAAUGCCAGUGCAGUGGUGGUUUCUGACAAGUACAACCUUAAACCCAUCCCCCUCAAGCGUCAGAGCACCACAGUUGCUCCAGGAGAUGCUGCCCCCCCUGCAGAGAAGAAAUACAAGCCACUGAACACCACACCCAAUGCCACCAAAGAGAUCAAAGUGAAGAUCAUCCCACCACAGCCUAUGGAGGGCCUGGGCUUUCUGGAUGCGCUCAAUUCAGCCCCUGUUCCAGGCAUCAAAAUUAAGAAGAAGAAGAAGGUGUUGUCACCUACAGCUGCCAAGCCAAGCCCAUUUGAAGGGAAAACGAGCACAGAACCAAGCACAGCCAAGCCUUCUUCCCCAGAACCAGCACCUCCUUGUGAGCCUAUGGACACAGACCGCCCAGGAACCCCAGUUCCCCCUGUUGAAGUCCCAGAACUCAUGGAUACAGCUUCUUUAGAGCCAGGAGCACUGGAUGCAAAGCCAGUGGAGAGUCCUGGAGAUCCUAGCCAGCUGACCCGGAAAGGCAGGAAGAGGAAGACUGUAACAUGGCCUGAGGAGGGCAAACUGAGAGAAUAUUUCUAUUUUGAACUGGAUGAAACUGAACGAGUAAAUGUGAAUAAGAUCAAGGACUUUGGUGAGGCAGCUAAACGAGAGAUACUGUCAGACCGACAUGCAUUUGAGACGGCCCGUCGUCUGAGCCAUGACAAUAUGGAGGAGAAGGUUCCCUGGGUGUGCCCGCGACCCCUGGUUCUACCCUCACCUCUUGUCACCCCUGGAAGCAAUAGCCAGGAGCGAUACAUCCAGGCUGAGAGGGAGAAAGGAAUCCUUCAGGAGCUCUUCCUGAACAAGGAAAGUCCUCAUGAGCCUGAUCCUGAGCCCUAUGAUCCUGUACCCCCGAAGCUCAUCCCCCUAGAUGAGGAGUGUUCUAUGGAUGAGACCCCAUAUAUUGAGACCCUGGAGCCCGGGGGAGCUGGUGGCUCACCUGAUGGGGCAGGUGGCUCCAAGUUGCCUCCUGUCCUGGCCAAUCUCAUGGGAAGCAUGGGUGCUGGAAAGAGCCCCCAGGGUCCUGGAGGAGGGGGCAUCAAUGUCCAAGAGAUCCUCACCUCCAUCAUGGGUAGCCCAAAUAGUCAUCCCUCAGAGGAACUGCUAAAGCAACCAGACUAUUCAGACAAGAUCAAGCAGAUGCUGGUGCCACAUGGAUUAUUAGGCCCUGGUCCAAUAGCCAAUGGUUUCCCACCAGGAGGCCCUGGUGGCCCCAAGGCCAUGCAGCACUUCCCCCCUGGACCUGGGGGACCUAUGCCAGGUCCUCACGGAGGCCCCGGUGGGCCAGUGGGUCCACGUCUCUUGGGUCCCCCACCCCCUCCACGAGGGGGUGAUCCCUUCUGGGAUGGCCCGGGUGACCCCAUGCGGGGUGGCCCAAUGCGGGGGGGUCCAGGACCAGGUCCUGGACCGUACCAUAGAGGCCGUGGUGGCCGAGGAGGAAAUGAACCUCCUCCUCCUCCUCCCUUCCGAGGGGCCAGAGGAGGUCGCUCUGGAGGAGGACCCCCAAAUGGAAGAGGGGGCCCUGGUGGGGGCAUGGUUGGAGGUGGUGGGCAUCGUCCUCAUGAAGGCCCUGGUGGGGGCAUGAGCAGCAGCAGUGGCCAUCGUCCCCAUGAAGGCCCUGGCAGUGUCAUGGGUGGUGGGCAUCGCCCCCACGAAGGCCCUGGUGGUAGCAUGGGUGGAGGUGGGGGACAUCGUCCCCAUGAAGGCCCUGGCGGUGGCAUGGGCAGUGGCAGUGGACAUCGACCCCAUGAAGGCCCUGGCAGUGGCAUGGGCGGAGGCAGUGGACAUCGUCCCCAUGAAGGCCCUGGUGGAGGCAUGGGUGCUGGUGGCGGACAUCGCCCCCAUGAAGGCCCUGGUGGGAGCAUGGGUGGAAGCAGUGGACAUCGCCCCCAUGAAGGUCCUGGACAUGGAGGGCCCCAUGGCCACCGGCCUCAUGAUGUCCCUGGUCACCGAGGCCAUGACCAUCGAGGGCCACCGCCUCAUGAGCACCGUGGCCAUGAUGGCCCUGGCCAUGGAGGAGGGGGCCACCGAGGGCAUGAUGGAGGCCACAGCCAUGGAGGAGACAUGUCAAACCGCCCUGUUUGCCGACAUUUCAUGAUGAAGGGCAACUGCCGCUAUGAGAACAACUGUGCCUUCUACCACCCGGGUGUCAACGGGCCCCCCCUGCCCUAGGGACCACCUCCUCUGCCCCACCCACACACACCCCUGUGGACUGCAGCCUUGCUCCUUCUACCCUGUUAUGGCUUCUGUGAGGCCCACUUUUCCCCUUUCCCCAGCUGAUGAGGAGCCGGCCCCCUCAGUUCCCACCUGCUUGGGUUUCUGGGGGUUUUCGAUCACUGGUGCGUAUUGAUGUACAUAUUUUCCUCCAGUCUGGGGAGGAGAGACUGGAUACAUUCUGUACCCUGGACUGCUGAAGAGAAGACCCAGUUGGCUUCAUUUUUUGAGGAGAUUUGCCCUAUAACCCCAAAUCCCUUUCCAGUAUUGCCCUUAAUGCCUGAGAACCUAAAGCUGGUUAUCCUGGAGAACACCUCUACUCUCCUAUUGUGGGUCCUCCACAUGCACACAGAACUGACAUGGGAUCAGCUGCACUUAUGAAAUCAUCCCAGCCAAGUUCAUUAUUCCUCAUGGGGGUGGGGAGAUGGUAAAAGGGGUAUUAUAUAUCCCACUGCACUGAGAGGGCUCAAUUAGGCUGGAUUUGAGUUCUGGAAAAUAUCAUCCCCACUUCUGCCCUGACACAGGCUUUACAUUGAGUCCUUUCUCAAGACUUUGCAACCUUCUGUGAACACCCAAGUCUGCAUCAUGGGUCUGUUAGGUUCAGUGAUGGCCAAUUCACAUCUGCAUCCAGUGGAAGUUUUAGCUGGUAUAGGUGAGGCUGCUGGUGUUGGUCCACCCUUGCCUACAACUCAUUCUGGAAACUUUGUAAAACACUUCAGUGAGACCAGCUUUUCAUCAACUUGCCCAGCACGCUGGGCCUGACAGUCACACUACAUGCACUGCCUUCAGGAGUUGGCUCACUCUUUGCCCCCACCUGGAACCUUGUUGGUGUGAGGCCUCUGGCUCCCUUGCCCUGUCAGCCACCUCUGAAUCCCACCAGGUGCCUUCCUGGGUGGGUGCAACAAGCUGACUUGCCCUUCCCCAGCCCUCUCCUUCACAUGUCUCGGCAUCAGUUGUUUUCUGUGAAAACAGUGGAUUGGUUGGCUUUUGUGCAGGGUCUUGGGUUAGAGCCACAAUGGAUUUGAGGGAUGAGUAUUUUCUUUUUUCUUUUGGUUUUGUAUAUUUUGUACAUUAAUAAUAAACAGUGGAAAGAGAAGCAGCUUAUUUAA